AACCCUCUGCUAGGCUGAUUAUCGUUGUUAGGGGAACAGGGAUAACCCAAGUAGUCACCAACUAGUUUGAGCUGGCCUAGCCAGGGCACACACACACACCUUAGCUGACUUUUAUACACCACAACACGGUACCCUCAACUGGCUUUGGUAAACACCAGUAUCUCUUCAGCACAUCAUCAGACGCUAUGCGGCCACAGUUCUGCUGACAACCCCGUGCUUGGCGCUGGCUCCUUCUCACGGUGGCUUUGGAUGCAGAACCGAGGGGAAGGGAAGCCGAGGAAAAGAAGACAGUUUUAAAAAAGUGAGGAGAAGGUUGUGCUUGUGUCGCUAUGGCCGACCCAGGGAGGGGGUGUUGGAUCGUAGUGGAAUGCACCUGCAGGAUCCUCGGUAUCGCCACGGCAACAGUGUUGUGUGCAGUUGGAGUAGAAACUCUACAUAAAGGAGAGUUCUACAGCCUUGGUAUCUACCUGCUCGUGGCGUUUGGGGGGAUGUUGCUGUUUGAGGGCGCGUAUUUCCUGGAUGCAAUGCUGUUCAUGUGUUUACCCUGUCCGCCCGACUGGCGGGUGUUUGUGCUGUGGGGGAAGAUGGCUGGAGUAGGGGGCUUCCACAAGUUCCUGUACUACUCCAUCAUGUCUCUGGUGUGCUUCCUGCACCCCGUGUUGGUUUGGCACGCGGUGAUCCCAGGUACAAUGACUCUGCCAGGAACCAUGCUGCUGGCGACAGCGUGCUUCAACUUCCUGCUCGCUAAGAAGCCCCGAGCGGGGGCCCCCAAGGGACUGCAGGAAGGCUACCAGGAGCCCCCGGCAGGGGGAGCGGACACGGGUAAACCCCAGAGCAUCUUCUCCUCCUCCUCCUCCUCCUCCUCUUCCUCCUCCUCCUCCUUCUUCCACAUGGGGAAAGACUGGGGAGGGGGAGGGGGAGGGGGAGGGGGAGGUCUGGUCGGCGUGGCCGAGGGGAGGGUCUCAGCUCUGGGGGAGGGAGAGGAGAGCUCAGCCCAGGUCAUGCUGGAGCCGGAGCCCACAAAGGAGGGAGACAGAGGGAGGAGGGGAAGGGGGUGGAUCUGGGGGUGGGGCAGCUGGAGGGGACGGAGACAGGUGUGUUUUACAGAUAGAGGGGGUCCCGUGGAGAGAGAGAUGGAGGAGAUGGAGAGUUACGGAGAGAGAGAGACCACGUCCGACACGGCACCCAUGAUCCCGGACUGAGAGUGGGGUCUAGUCCGGGCUCUCGACCGGACCACGGGAAUGACUGUGGGGUCUAGUCCGGGCUCUCGACCGGACCCAGCCGGAACAUGUGAAGAUAUUCCCAUCAUGGCUAUGAAACCCUGUAUUGUUGUUUUUCUUGCCCUUGAUCCUGGAUUGGUUAAGAGAUACAAGCCCCUCUGGUAAUUACAUAGGACGUCUGGAUGUUUCUGCAUCAACAUAUCAACAUAUCAACCUAUUUUUCCCAAACGCUAUUUCCAUAAUAUUGUUUAUUAUUUGUUACUUGCAAAUUUGUUGGUUGAAAGUAAUGUUUGCUGUGUCCAGUGUAAAAUAAAUGUUGUUUUUAGUGAAAGAUUUGGCCAAAAAAAACCACAAUAAACAAAACAACAGCA